ACGUUUAUGAAUGUAAACAAAGUGGGAGGAGAGUUGCGUGGUGUGUGGCUCUGAUUUUUAAUUAUAGACAAAGAGAUUGAAUUUGAGCGUCGACGCUGAUUGGAGAACAGUCCAUCUCGGUCGACGGUCCUUGGCAUCAAAGAGGAAAAGUCAAAAGAGCGGGCCCGACCGAGCGGCACAGAGCGGGCCCAGCCGAGCGGCCGGCGGCGCCAUGGAGGAAGCCGUGGAGGCGGCCUCGCUGCCGCGCUGGCACCAGCUGCCGGCCACCGAGCCGUCCGUGGCGCACUACCGUCAGGCGCCGGCGCGCCACCAGCGCUGCCCCUUCCCCUGCCGACCGGACGUCAACGCCUGCGUGGCCGUCUGGCAGGGCCGACUGUGUGACCUGGCCGCCUCGGCCGUGGUGGUGCCGUCCAAUGAGCGAGGCGCCACCGCCAGUCCGGUCAGCCGCCACCUGUUCCAGCGCGCCGGGCCGCAGCUCGAGCGAGAGCUCCACCACACCGGCAAGAACGUGACGACGGGCCAGGCGCGGCUGACCAAGGGCUACAACCUGCCGGCGCGGUUCGUCAUCCACACGGCCACGCCGCGCUACAACCUCAAGUACCGGACGGCCGCCGAGGGCACGCUGCACUCCUGCUAUCGUGAGGUGCUGCAGCUGGUCUGCGACCACCGGCUGGCCAGUGUCGGCCUGCCCUGCCUCCACUCGUCGCGCCGCGGCUUUCCGCCGGACGUCGGCGCCCACAUCGCGCUCCGCACUGUGCGCCGGUUCCUGGAGCGUUUCGCCGACCCGGCCGGGCCUCUGCUCGUACUCACUGUGGACGCCAUGGACGCCGGGAUAUACGAGGUGCUACUGCCGCACUACUUCCCCAGAAACCAGCGAGAGGAGGAGUGCGCCAGAUACCAGCUGCCGGAGGACAUCGGAGACAACUUUGGCGCGCCGGUGAUACCAGACAGGGCCAUCCGAAUCAUCGACAACCCGCAGCACAGCUACCAAGGUCUGUCGGCGGCCGACGAGCACCCGGUGCCGGCGCGGCUGGCUUCCGGGCUGCGCGACUUCAGCCACAUGGAGGACGACGUGGACCGGCAGCGGCUGCUGGGACAGCGCGCCGGCGGCGGCGACCCGGCGCAGGCCGGCCUCUCCGAGCAGCUCUGCAAACAGGAACGGUACGAGCGGCUGCUGCGGCGCGCGCGGACCGAGGACCUCUCGGAGAUCUCCGGUAUCGGUUGUCUCUACCAGACGGGCAAGGACCGCUUCGGUCGGCCCGUCAUCUGCUUCAUCGGCAAGUGGUUCCGAGCCACGGAGAUCGACCUCGACAAGGCGCUGCUGUACCUGAUCUACCUGCUGGAGCCACUGGUGGCGCACGACUACACGAUCGUGUACUUCCACACGCUGACCGAGUCGGACAACCACCCGGCACUGCACUGGAUCCGGCACGUCUACGACGUACUCGAGUACAAGUACAAGAAGAACCUGAAGGCGUUCUACAUCGUGCACCCCACCAUCUGGACCAAGCUGAUGACCUGGUGGUUCACCACAUUCAUGGCGCCGGGCAUCAAACAAAAGGUGCACAACAUCACGGGAGUCGAGUACCUGUACAGCAUCAUGGACAUGAACCAGCUAGAGAUCCCGGCCUUCAUCACCGAGCACGACAUGACGAUAAACGGCGUGCGCUACUUCCGACCUCAGGCGUAACGGACGCGCGCACCGUCCUCCGGACAGGACAGGACAGGACAGGACAGGACAGUCACUGGGCCGCGGUCUGUGCUGAGGACCCUGAGGACUGUCCCUGACCCGCAGUCAGGACAGGACAGGACAGGACAGGACAGGACUGUACAAUCGGCCCGGCCAGUCACCACCGGUCCGGCGGCGACACUGGACCUCUGAGGGGACUCCGGCGUCCCCACCACUGGCCCGGAGGGACGUCUGCGUCAGCUGACUGCGUCACCGGGACCGGGACGGGCGGGACGGGACGGGCGGCCACUCGGGGCCAGCCACCGCGAUCGAGCUUCAGCCGGCGGCCAGCGCAGCGGCGCCGCCCGGCGUUUCUGUAGCGAGCGAGUCAGCGCGGCGGUACGGUAGGUCUGUGAUUAUUGUGACCCGGCGGGUCUGUUUAGGGGGCGCUGGGCGGCAGUAUAGGGGGAGGGCCGGGAGCCAGUCUGUUUAGGGGAUCACUGGGACGGCCGGUAUAAUUGGAGGUUGGUGGCCGACUGAAUCGGUCUGGUGCCGAGUGACCUGUGUGAGCCGCCGGGUCGCCCCCCCCCCCUCCCCCUCCUCUGUGGGGCGGCCGGCGCGGCGGCUACUGGUGCAAUGCAACCACCGAGCGCCCUGCACUGCGCGCCGGCCCGGCCCGGCCCGGACGGGGGUUUUUUAUACGUGCGGCUCGCACGGCCAGUCUCCCGUGGUAUACCCCGCCUUAGAUAGCGCGCCCGUAGCACUGGUGCUGAUUGCCCCCCCCCCCCCCUCCCCAAUAUAUAAUUCGGCGGCGCGCCGACUGUAUACGAAUGGUUCGCCUCGCGACUGUGGCGCCCCUAGCGGCCGGCGCCCGCACUAGCUCCAUUGGCAGGCCUUACUCAAUAGAGUGUUGUUAUUAGCGAGUGUUGUGUGGGCUAGGGGGCGCGCGAGUCGCCCGUGAUUUCAUAAAUACAACUGUAUCCUGUGUAUCCACA